AUGCCAGCACCAACACUGUAUCUCCAUGCAAAUGGACUGGGAUCUCAUGCAACAGCCUUGGAAGUGUAUAACAGAGAUAAGCUUACCAGGUGCGGGCUUCCAAGCAAUCAAAUUUCUGGUUCAAUUCCUCCACAAUUUGGGAAUUUAACGAAUCUCGAUAAUCUUGAUCUAUCCAAUAACAGUCUAACAGGGAAUUUAACAAAGCUGACAGUCCUCAACCUCAAUAAAAAUCAAAUUUCUGGUUCAAUUCCUCCACAAUUUGGGAAUUUGAUGAAUCUCGAAAAGCUUGUUCUAUCCAAUAACAUUCUAACAGGUUCUAUCCCUUCCACUUUAGGGAACUUGACAAAGCUGACAGUCCUCUUCCUCUUUCAAAAUCAAAUUUCUGGUUCUAUUCCUCCAGAACUUGGGAAUUUAAUGAAUCUCAAUGGGCUAACAUUGAACCAAAACAAUCUGACUGGUCCAAUUCCUCCUGCUUUGGGUAAUUUGAGAAAUCUUACAGAGUUGUUCCUCAACAGCAAUCAAAUUUCUGGUUCAAUUCCUCCACAAUUUGGGAAUUUUAUGAAUCUCGACAAACUUGAUCUAUCCAAUAACAGUCUAACAGGUUCUAUCCCUUCCACUUUAGGAAAGUUAACCAAGCUUACUGUAUUGUCCCUUUCUUACUGUCAAUUAUCUGGUUCGUUGCCUCAAGAAAUGACAAAAAUGACAAAUCUUUCUCAACUCAACUUGGAUGGCAACAGCCUCUAUGGCCAUUUACCUCAGUUAUGCCAGGGCAGAUCUCUUCAAGCCUUCACUGCUGUUGGCAACCAUUUCACUGGUGAGAUCCCAAAAAGCAUCAGAAAUUGCACUAGCUUAAUAAGAGUGCGACUUAAUGGAAACCGACUUGCUGCAAACGUAUCGGAAGCCUUUGGUGUAUACCCGCAUCUCAUAUUCAUGGACAUCAGUGACAACAUGUUGUUUGGUGAACUCUCACCAAAUUGGGGAGAAUGCCAAAAUUUGACAAAGCUACAAUUAUCUGGGAACAUGAUCGCCGGUAGAAUUCCUCCUGAGAUAGGGCAGUUGACUCAGCUAAGUGUGCUUGGUCUUUCUUCAAACCAUCUGGUAGGCGAGAUUCCAAAGGAAUUUGGGAGGCUGACUUCUUUGUUCAACUUAACUUUAAAUGAAAACCAGCUUUCUGGUCAGAUACCCCAAGAGAUUGGAAAACUAUCCAAUUUGGAGGUUCUUGACUUGUCAAUGAAUCACCUAAGUGGUCCAAUACCACCUCAAUUAGGUGAUUGCUUCAAACUCCAAUAUCUGAAAUUGAGCAAAAAUGUUUUUAAUGGAAGCAUUCCUUUUCAGAUCGGUAACCUAGUAUACCUACAGGAUUUACUAGAUCUAAGUCAUAACUCCCUCAAUGGACAGAUAUCACCACAAUUCACGAAAUUGAUUCGGCUGGAAAAGUUAAACCUCUCCCACAACAUGCUGUCAGGCUCCAUUCCACCUUCUUUUGAAGGGAUGUUCAGUUUGCAAUCCAUUGAUUUUUCAUUCAAUGCUUUGGAAGGUCCUCUUCCCAACAGCAAAAGCUUUCAGAAGGCUCCUGCAAAGGCAUUCAUAAAUAAUAAAGGCUUAUGUGGUGAAGUGCAAGGUUUGCGACCUUGCAAUGCCUCUUCAAUCAGUCAUGGUGAUGCGAUGAAAGGUCAUAGAGUUGUAAUCUUCAUUAUUCUUCCUGUCUCAGUGGCCUUGUUUCUUUUAUUUGUAAUCAUUGGCAUUUCUUGCAUUUAUUACCAAAAAAGAAGAAAUAUAAAGAAAGAGGUUCUUAAGAGGAGCAGCGAAAAUCCAUUUUCAAUAUGGAAUUAUGAUGGAAUUGCUGUGUUCGAAGACAUCGUGGAGGCAACAGAGGGUUUUGACAACAAAUACUGCAUUGGAAUUGGAGGGUAUGGAAAAGUUUACAAAGCAAAUCUACCAAUGGGUCAAGUAGUAGCUGUGAAGAAACUUCACCUACUCGAAGGAGGGGAUCAAUCUAAUCAAAGAAGUUUUAGAAAUGAGAUACAAGCAUUAACCGAAAUCCGCCAUCGCAACAUAGUGAAGCUUUAUGGCUUUUGCUGCCAUGCUCGAUACUCGUUUCUCGUCUAUGAGUACAUGGAAAGGGGAAGCUUGGCAAGUAUCCUCAGCAAUGAUGAAGGAGCUGCACAAUUGGACUGGACUCUAAGGGUGAAGAUUAUUAAAAGUGUGGCCCAUGCUUUAUCUUACAUGCACCAUGAUUGCACCCUGCCAAUUGUCCAUCGAGACCUAUCAAGCAACAACGUUCUGCUGAAUUCCGAACUUGAGGCUUGUGUUUCUGAUUUUGGCACUGCACGAUUGCUGAUACCUGAUUCAUCCAAUCGAACUAUGCUUGCAGGCACUUAUGGAUACAUCGCUCCUGAGCUUGCCUAUACAAUGAGGGUGACUGAGAAAUGCGACGUCUAUAGCUUUGGUGUUGUGGCACUUGAAGUGAUGAUUGGAAGGCAUCCUGGGCAACUCAUCUCCUCCUUGUCAUCACCAAAUAGAGAUGAUCCACUGCUAAAGGAUAUGUUGGACCAACGUCUCUCCAAUCCGACGGCGGAGGUUGCACACGAAGUCAUAUUUGCAGUGUCCAUGGCCCUUGCAUGCAUUCGGCCGGAUCCUGACUCUCGGCCAACCAUGCACCAUGUGGCCCAGGAGCUAUCUGUUGGUGGGCCUUCUUUCUCUCUAGAGCCAUUUCAUGCACUUACAUUUCGUCAACUGAUGGAUCUAAAGGUAUAAUUGGGUGUAUGAAAAUCAAUGAGGUUGUGGGCAUGUAGUGGCAAGAACAUUGCUGUGUGUGUCUAUU